AAUACAGUGAUUUGGUUUACUCAACAAUAAAAUAAAUUCAUAAUUUGAUUGUCUCAAGAAAUAUUAUUUACAUAAUCGUAAUUGUUUUACUUUAAAGACAAUAUUGACGGCUUGCUGCCUGAUUUGAACUCGGAUAAUCUGUAAUCAUGUACUUACUUUUAAUUGUACUUUCCAAAUCUGGCAUGCUUUUGAUCUUUUGGAACUGUUGAAGUUUUAUCGAAUUAUGUAACGGGAUAAUAUGGGCGACACAAUUCUGACUAGUUAUUGAUUAUCGAUCUGCGAAAUCGUCACUCGGCGUACGAAUUCACUUAUCAAAGAACUUGCGAAGCCAGUGCCUGGUGUGUUAUUUCUUAUUUGCUGCGGCACAUUUUAUCCUUUUGCAAGUACCAAACCACUUGGACGAGGUUUCCGAGUCGACGAAGCUGUGAAAAAUCAAGGACUGCCAAGUGCGGAUUGAAGUACUAGAACAGCAGCCAUUUUGUAAGCUUUUUUUAUUAUUUGUUCUAUCAGGACAUCAGAAUUAGCCACGGCGUUUUCUAAACACUACCCUGGUAGAAAUUCGUAACUCCACACGAAUCUAUCAUCUUUCGGACUGCUUCUUAUCGUUGGAAAUGGAAUUUCACUCUGAAAAAAUUGACUUUGGAAAGAGUCGUUAUCCGUUCUGCAUCGUCUGGACUCCUAUUCCUGUGCUAACGUGGCUGUUUCCAUUCAUCGGACACAUGGGAAUUGCCACAUCGACUGGAGUUAUUCGGGAUUUCGCUGGACCCUACUUUGUUUCGGAGGAUGAUAUGGCUUUCGGGCGACCGACGCGGUACUGGCGCCUCGAUCCAUUUAAAGCCGUCAAUGGUGUAUCUGGCUGGGAUCAUGCCAUCGCUGAAGCAUCAACGGAAUACAAUGGCCGCAUUCACAACCUUUGUUGCGACAACUGUCACUCCCAUGUGGCACAUGCAUUGAACCUUAUGAUUUAUAAUGGUUCUGCGUCGUGGAACAUGGUGAAAUUAUGCUUUCUUAUGCUGAUUCGAGGUCGUUUUGUGAGGUAUUGUGAUCGAAAUUGCCGUAUUAGCUUUCAUUUUUCCAAAACCAUAUGUAUGUAGACGAUUCACAUUUUACAAAAAUUCACGCAGCACAC